AUGGCUCUCCCGCAGCUUGGCUAUAAGUAUGUGAGAACACUGUAUCCCGCAGAUCGGACAGGAAUGCUGGCGGGUCGGAUGGGUGCCGAGCUCAGCCCGUCCGGAUCCAUAUCUAACCCCUUGUCUAUGUACGGAUCUCCGUUCAGCGCCAGCCAGGCGUACAGCGCUUUCCUGCCAUACUCCGGCGAUGUUUCAGUACUCAACCACCUGGCCAGCCCAUACGAGCUGAAAGAAAGUCCAGGUGUGCAGCACCCCGGUUUUCCCCCUGCGCAUCCAGCCUUCUUCCCUUACAGUCAGUACCAGUACGGAGACGCGUCCCGGCCCAAAAACGCCACAAGGGAAAGUACGAGCACCCUAAAGGCCUGGCUGAGCGAACACAGAAAGAACCCGUACCCCACCAAGGGCGAGAAGAUCAUGCUGGCCAUCAUCACCAAAAUGACCCUCACCCAAGUGUCCACCUGGUUUGCCAACGCGCGCAGGAGGCUGAAAAAGGAGAACAAGAUGACCUGGGUGCCAAAGACUCAGCCGGACGAAGAGGGAAACGUGUACAUCAGCGAUAACGAAGGAGAGGAGGACAAGAGGGACGAGGACGACGAGGAGGAGAUCGAUCUGGAGAACAUCGACACUGAGAACAUCGAAAAUAAAGAGGACUCAGACUGUCUCCGAUCGGAUUCAAAAAGUACCGAGUCGGACAGAAGCGACUACGAGAGCUUUGAGGACGCGCAUGAACAGGUACAUGGACAGGAGAAAAGUUUUCUAAAAGACAGCAUGAUUAAGGACAAAGACGAUGAUGCGGAGAGGGAUGAGAACAGCAAACCCCCUGUAGCAGAACCCGUGAGGAAUCUAAGCCCACCACAAAAACCCAAAAUCUGGUCUUUAGCCGAAACAGCAACGACACCCGAUCAUCCGAAGCAGACCGCAGUGGUGAUGAACAGGACUGGUGUGCACAGCAUGCAGAACAUACAGAACAUGCAAAACUGGACAAAAAUGGCAAUUUCAGCCCAGCAGCUCGCAUUAACACAUCAUUACCUCGGACUUAAACACCCAAACCACAGCCACAUUAUUACCAAACACGCAGAAUCAAGGACUCAUACACUAUAAACUAUUCCUCACCCAAUGGACAAUAAAAUGAUUAUAUUUUGUAAUGUUUUUCAUUCUCCGCAUGGAUCAUGCAACACUUAAUUUUCGCACCAUAAAUCAGUGAUUUUGUUGGAGAAAAUAAGAGAAAGUGUAUUGAUUUUUACAUACA